AUGUUUGUCGGACGCUGGGUUUUCUGCAGAGGGAGCACUGUCAGGACUCUUACCAAUUCCGAGCUGUGGCAGAAACGCGGUGGCGAGGAGCCGGGCACCGCGACCACUCGCUGUGGGUGCAUACUGUUCCUCAAGGACGACGUAGUGAAGUACCUUCGUGACCGCAACGACGAGGCCCCCACACAGUGCCCUGAGGAGGAUCUUCUUGCUGCUCUCCUGUGUUGGGCACGCGGCGGACAACAAGCCUGCGGCGUGCCCAGAAACUCCUCUGCGUUUCCCACCACAUCUGCGGGACCGUCGGCAGUGGUGGAGCGGUGCGUACUGGACCCGUGCAGCUUUGGCGUGAUUGCUGGGUUCGUGUCGCACCGCGCCGGCGGCGGGGAGGUAAGCGUGCUGUGGGAGUGGGUCGAACUGGCCAACUGCAGCACCAUUUCGCAGCUUGCGCUCUACGUGGACACACCUACUCUGGCAGCGGACGUUGGGCUUUCCUGA